AUGGCAACUGACUUUUGGAUCAAUACCAACCAUGUCUUCAUGCUUCCAACUUUUUUCUUGGCCUCUAGUAGCAGAUUUUUUCCAACCUGUAAGCAUUUGGAAGGAUCCUGGGGAUUUACUUGGGAACUUUCCAAUUCCUCUGCUAAGGUCGUUCCAGGCUCGCAAUCGAUGAUGCUCGGGUCUCGUUCCUCUAAAUUAUCUACUUCUUUGACAACUCUUCAUUUUUUCAAUGGAUACUUUAGAUUCAUGGACAACCUCUUCUUCAGAGGUCUUGCCCAUCACUAUUCGAGGGACAUUGUCUCUAUUGGGACGCUUCGACUCAACAUUCCUAGGUUGUUGGUUUUGCCUAAGAGAGCGUCUCUUCAGAGGUUCAGUGCCUCGUCCCCUACAUCUUCCUGUUUGGGAGAAUCAUUGGUAAGGUCAGCCUGGCUGAGAACAAAAAAGGCACGAAGGUGUCGUCAUAUCUUAGCAAACAGAGUGUCAGCUAGGAAGACAAUUCGCCAGAGACAGGUUAUUUACACAGAAUUAAUCAGGAAGGCAGCUAAUCCGUCACUGGAGAAUGAGAACUUGAAGAAGGUGGCUAAAAUAGAAGCCAAAGAAGCAGAAAUUGAAAAAGAGCUGAAGAAAUCGGUUCAAGUAUCUAUCUCUACGCCUACAACCACUCUGAUUUUCCCUUACGACCACUCUUCUGUUGUGCCUUACCUUUGGCCAGCCAACAUUCCACCUUCAGAUAAUGCUUUUGGGAUACAAGGUUCCUCUCGCUCUGAUACCGCAAUUUCAUCUCAAUUUCCUAUUCCCUCGGGGGAUGGUAUACUAGGUUCAUUUCAAGAUCAAGAACAUCCCACACGGAUCGAUGAACAAGGAACUUCCUUGUUAGUAGUGCCAUUACCUUGGUUCUUCCCUUUUCACAUCCUGAGUACUACACUUCAUUAUCCGAUAGGUCCAAACAUCAAUCUUUCGUGUUCAGAAACUGUGAGACAUUCUGAUCAGAACUACGAGUUAACAUCAUCCCAGAAAAUGAAAUCAGAAGCUUCUAACUCAAUGGAAAUUAUCGCUACAAACAACCUUACGCCCUCACGACUGAGUUUUAACAAAUCUGUUACAAGUCCUGGACCAAGUAAAAGUUCCCAGUUAUACGACACUACUGAAGUAAAAGUUGUUCCAUUUGCCAAGGACUUAUCAGCCAAGCACCACAAACCAGUUAUAUUCUCUAGUAAGAAGCCUGGAAAUGCUAAUGCAGCAGCUCAGGCGAGGAGGAGGAGGAAGGAAUUGAUGAAACUAAGUAAUACACAUUUUCAUCACAAGGGAUCCCGAGGAAUGCUGGAGUAG